AAGGAGACGGGACUGAUGGUUUGGGCAGCGUGGCUGGGUCGGUCGUCUGUGCAGCAGAACGUCACCAACGGCUCAGCACCCCACAACGGCACAAAGCAGGAGCACGUGGUCCGGAUGAAUGGGUGGCUGAGCUGCACGGAGCAGGAUGAAAUGCUGAACUUGGCCUUUACUGUGGGGUCCUUCUUGCUGAGUGCCAUCACGCUGCCCCUGGGGAUCGUCAUGGACAAGUAUGGCCCUCGCAAGCUGCGCCUGCUUGGCAGCGCCUGCUUUUCUGUGUCCUGUCUGCUGAUUGCAUAUGGAGCCAGCAACCCACAGUCGCUGUCAGUGCUGAUCUUCAUCGCGCUGGCCCUGAACGGCUUCGGCGGGAUGUGCAUGACCUUCACCUCCCUCACCCUGCCCAACAUGUUCGGCGACCUGCGCUCCACGUUCAUCGCGCUGAUGAUUGGCUCCUACGCUUCGUCUGCUGUUACAUUCCCAGGGAUCAAGGUUAUAUAUGACUUUGGCUUCUCCUUCAUCCUCAUCCUGACAGUUUGGGCAUGCUGUGCUGGGCUAGUGUUCUUCAACUGCUUCUUCAACUGGCCCCUGGAGCCCUUCCCAGGGCCGGAAGACAUGGACUACACGGUGAAGAUCAAGUUCAGCUGGCUGGGAUUUGACCACAAAAUCACAGGAAAACAGUUCUACAAGCAGGUGACUACGGUGGGGCGUCGGCUCAGCGUGGGGAGCUCCAUGAAGAGCCCCAAGGAGCUGGCAGCCUUGCAAGAUGGUAACAAGCUCUGCCUGUCGACGGUGGACCUGGAAGUGAAGUGUCAGCCAGAUAAUGCAGCCUCUGCGUCAUUCAUGCACAGCGUCUUCAGCCCUAUCCUGCUGCUCAGCCUCGUUACCAUGUGCGUCACUCAGCUGCGCCUCAUCUUCUACAUGGGCGCCAUGAACAACAUCCUGGAGUUCCUCGUGGAUGGAGACCAGGAGCAAGUGAUGGCCACUGUGAGUCUCUACACCUCCAUCUUCGGGGUUUUGCAGUUGCUCUGCCUGAUGACGGCCCCGGUGAUCGGAUACAUCAUGGACUGGAAGCUGAAGGAGUGCGACGAUAGCCCUGAAGAGAGCGAGGAGACUGAUGCGAAGCUAGGUGGCAAGAAGAAAAAAAAAGGCGACCGCCAGAUUCAGAAGGUCUCCAAUGCCACUAGAGCCUUUGCCUUCACCAACCUGCUGCUGGUCGGAUUUGGGGUUACCUGUCUCAUCCCGAACCUGGAGCUGCAGAUCCUCUCCUUCAUUUUGCACACAGUUGUGAGGGGGUUCAUCCACUCGGCAGUGGGAGGCCUCUAUGCAGCUGUGUAUCCAUCCACCCAGUUUGGCAGCCUGACGGGACUGCAGUCUUUGGUCAGCGCCCUCUUUGCUCUUCUGCAGCAGCCCCUGUUCCUGGCCAUGACAGGACCUUUGAAAGGAGACCCUCUUUGGGUGAACGUUGGUUUGCUCGGAGUGAGCAUGCUGGGAUUCUGCCUGCCUCUCUAUCUGAUCUGCUAUAAACGCAGGCUAGAGAGGGAGAGGGAGCAGAGGAAUGAUGAUGCCAAGCUCUUCCUUAAAAUUAACGGAACUCCAAAUGAGGAAGCCUUUGUUUAAGCCGGUGCAUCAAAUGCAGCCUCCUUUUGCCAUGUCUGCGGGGUGUAGACACCUCUGGCCCAACCAUACUUUCUCCCCAGGCUCUGCCAGUCCUGCACAGCCUGGUCUUCACUGACCGUGAUCAGACUGAGCAUUUCUCCAACGCAUGGCCAGAGGAGGCCUCCCACUUCUUGAGAACACAGGACAAUUUCUGCUUUUAUACAGGCUGCAUUGAUUGUUGCAUCUUAAACUCUUCUUCCCUGGCCAUGCCACUUCCCAACAGCAGGACCUGUGCAUUGCAGGGAGCCAGAGAGGAGGAACCACGAUGGCCAUUUGUUGAAGUCUCAAACCCAGUGAGCUGCAGUCCGUCGUGCCGCCCCAUUCUGACUGGCACUGUCUUGGCCGCAGAAAUCCUGCAUAUUCCUCUCCUCCUUGAGGCUUGGUUGCAAGACUAUUGUCCUUUGCUUGAUAUCCUUGUGCUGGACACACUGGUUCUGUCCCCUGUAUCCCAGACCUUCCUGAGAUGGGAAAGAGGAUUUCCUGCCACCUUGCACAAGCAGGUGUUGGGUUUGUUGCUAAGUGGUGGCUGCUGCAUUGAGAGAGAGGGGUGUGUGUGUGUGUGUGUGUGUGUGUGUGUGUGUGUGUGUGUGUGUGAGAGAGAGAGAUAAAGGAGGCUGAGCCAUGGGGGAUGCUACCCAUGCCAGGAUGAAGGGCCUCUCUGGCUGUCCUGCCCCUUCUUCCACCUCUAUAAUCCUUCUCUGUGUGGUGACUACUUCCGGUCCUCAGCAGUUUAAGUGGGAACUGGGUCUUGCUGGCUCUGAAGUGUUUUUGAGACUUGUUUUGCCACCUCCUCCACUUACAGUGACUCUUGGGGAAGAGCAACAGCUACUACUAAGGGAGUAAAGCUGAAACACUUCUUGGGAGCUGGGCCCUGCCUUCCUGUUUACAGGUGCUGAGUUCUCUUGCUGCGGCUGAGAACAAACAGUGCUGAACUCUCGUUGCAUGUGGUAACUGGAUCCUGUGAGCACAUGGCGGAUGAACUGAGUAAUGCAGUUCCACGAAAUCUUGGCUCUGCUUCACAUCUGUAGCCUCUUAACAUUGUGUACUCCGAGACGGCCAGUAACCCCUCAGCUGCUGAGCACCAACUUAACUGCCAGUCACCAAACGGCUGCUCGCUGGCAGCAAGAAGAGCCUCGGGAUGUUUGUGCACUGUCGGGCAGAGCGCGUGCAGAUGACUUUGAAGAGCAAUAAGCGUGGCUGGGUGCCCUGCGAGGUCAAGGCUGUGCUGUGGAGGGAGCAGAACGCAAAGGGAACUCUUGAGCUGCUGAUCUCUUCCUAUUCUGCACCUUCCCUGUGUCUCGUCCUUACCAGUUACUGCCCGCCCUGGCCCCCCAACCUUUAACCCCCUUGUCUGCAAAUAAGGCUUGUGUGUGUGUGUGGGGCUCAAAUAUGGCCAGGCUGCCCGCUGUGGGCUGGGGGAGUCUGCACUGACCGUGGCACUGGUGACAAGUUGACACCAGAGCUCUUGCCAGCUAAGCCAUGCUCUUGGUUGCGGAGACAAAAAACUUGUGACCCACCCGAUGCUCAUGGCAGACACAGAUUGGUGCUUUGGGAACUGCCAGCAUGCAGAGGGGUCCAGAGUUAGACACAAGGGCACGGUCCUUAAAUGUACCCCUCCGAGUCAGGCACACUGCUGUUGUCAACCUACCAACUUCACCCCGGGCCUGAGAAACAGUGCAUCUGACCGCUGCCUCGGAGGUGACCUCGGAUGUAGGUAUUCACAAAAUGCAUGCAGAUUCCCUCACUACAGGCUUGAUGCACAUCAGGUGAGCAGCUCCGCCAGGCCCUUGCCAUUUUUAAUAGUUGUGCAGGCCCUUUCUAGCAGAGAUCUCAUCAUGCUCUCGCACUGCCAGUGCAAAACGAGUAAGCCGCCUUGUAGAGCAGCAGCACCCUCUAGCGCUUCUGAACUGCAGACUUCCCGUCGUCGGUGCAGGACGCGGAACAGCUUCUCAUUCCACAUGCUUGUCUUGGAAGAGACUCUAACCACCGAGUAUUUGACACAUUGUCGUGGUGUGUGGGUUUUUACAUGUUGCCUUUAUCGAUCUGUCACCAUCCUGCUGUCCUGUGUUUUGAUCCAGAAGUUUCACCUUCUUACAGGCAGAGAAGGUUCUUCGGGUAAAGCUGGUCCCUGUUAUUAGACCAGCUUGGAUAACUGCAAACGGUCUUCUGGGCAGGCUUUGGGGUACAAAUACCCUUCGUCAGGCUGAGGAAGCAUUUGCAGUUAGCCUGUGCUCUUCCUGCCUGGAACGAGUAGCAAAGCAGCCAUUUUUCCAACUAUUUAGUUGGUUUAAUAAAAGUGAUCAGAUUUAUCCACAGAACCGUG